CCAAAAAAACUAGAAAGUCAAGGGUACACUACUGCUGACUCCCUUGCCCUCGUUCACGCGCUUUUAUCGCCGUUGCCGAUCAGCCCAACCCAUUUCUCCAAGCAGGUUCUUGAAACAGGUGUGGGCUUUUUGUACAUAUCCGUAUACAUAAAUACAAUGGGGGCAGUUUGUUCAGCAGGAACUGUAAAGAAAAGUAGGAAACCAACCGAUUCGGAGCAGGAGAAAAGCUCAGGUUUUUCUGGGAAGCUGAAAUCAAUUGGGAGUUUUGGGAGGCAUAAGAAGAGUGACGAUCCUUACACAUAUACUGAUGAAAUCGAUGUUUUCCGGAAGGAGAAUUUGUACGAUUCCGGCGAGCUGCACCUCUCGAUUUCGCGGGAGUUGAAGGCAUCAACGCCGAUGAGAACACCUGCUAACAAGGUAGGAAGCAAG